CCAACGCAAGAGGAACGACAGAGACUCGCGCUUCGUUAACUGGACCAUAGGCGGCUCGAGGAGCACAGAACCACAGCAGAAUGGAGGACGAUGAGAAAAUGGACAUUAUGCGCAAGGCAUUCCAGAUGUUCGAUACCCAAAAGUCGGGCUUCAUCGAGACGCUGCGUCUGAAGACCAUUCUCAACAGCAUGGGCCAGAUGUUCGAGGAGAGCGAACUGCAGGACCUGAUCGAUGAGAACGAUCCCGAGGAUACGGGCAAGGUGAACUUUGACGGCUUCUGCAACAUUGCCGCCCACUUCCUCGAGGAGGAGGACGCCGAGGCCAUACAAAAGGAGCUGAAGGAGGCGUUCCGCUUGUACGAUCGCGAAGGCAACGGUUACAUAACCACCUCCACACUCAAGGAGAUCUUGGCCGCGCUCGACGACAAGCUGUCGUCCAGCGAUCUGGACGGCAUCAUUGCCGAGAUCGACACGGACGGUUCGGGCACGGUGGACUUCGAUGAGUUCAUGGAGAUGAUGACGGGCGACUAGGUGGAAGUGUAUUGCGUAGCCUUUAGUUGCUUUAGAAAAAAUGCUUCUAUCGGAGACAGACUCGAUUGCUUUUAAUAAUAUUCUCAUUUAUUAUUUUUAAAUAAAUUAACUAAACGCUUUAAAUCAAAA